ACUUUAAUGGAUUUUGUUCAUAUGUACUGACAAAGGAGUGUGGUAGAACUGUACUUCAUUUCAAAUCAACGCUGAUUUCCGAGGUAGAGAUGGUGAAAAUCCUUACGAACCUCCAACCAGAAUGGUCGCACUGGACAUAUAUAUUGAUGGUAAAUCUGUAGUCCGUGUUAACGCAGAUAAUUCUAUUCAGAUAAAUGGCAAGACGAUGAUUGGAAACCAUGCUGCUAUUCAAAAGAAUGGAGGAACUGUGAAACAUAAUGGUUCAAAAAUAUCGAUCGACCUGGUCAAGCCAGCUGUAUCUGUGAAUUGGGACAGACAUUCGCACGCUAUAGCGAUUGGGUUUGAAGACAGUGAAAUGAUUGGAAAGGUGUGUGGAUUACUCGGAAAUGCUGAUGGAAAUCCUCAUAAUGAUUUCGUCAUGGCAGAUGGUAAACGAACAUCGGAUUCCAGUGACUUUGGAAACAGUUGGAUGAUUCCUGGAAGUUGUCCAACGUUAUAACUGAAGUGUCCAGAAUUUGACAAGUUGCAUGUAAAAAUAUGGCAUUGGUGACUGGUGCACAGUUCAAAUAAAAUUCGUCUAAUGAAA